GACAGACCUCUGGAUGAAAGUUCCACAGAUCAGGGUGUUCUAAAUGUUGAUUCAAUGGAGACAUUUCAGUUCACAGAGCCUUCCAUUACUGUGACAUCAAAUGAUGGUAUUCCUCAGUUGCAUGUGUCAGAGUCUGCUGUCAGCUCCAACAGUCAUCCCUUGACAGUGUCAAGCCCAGUUCCUCCAAGUGUUUCUGGUGCUACGUCCUGUGGUGGUGGGGAGAAGCACAUGUCAUUGGCUGUUUCCAGUGCUGUGGAUCUGGGAAGAAGAGCUUUACAGAUGAGUGGCCUUGAGGACAGACAGAGCCAUAGUCAAAGUUGUACAUCUUCAGCUACACCAAGUCCACAGACUUUAGUUCCAAGUGUGGACACACCUCACAGUCAGCAUCUGAUGAGUGCAGUGCUGGAACUCUCCUUGAAGGAAGAGGAGAAACAGAAAGAUAUUGAUGAGCUAGAACGGAAGAUUGAUGUGAUGCGGCAGAUGCUCAGAAGGACUUUGGACCAUCUCGAGAACAGUGAACACCGCAGGAAGGAGCUCCUUAGUGAUAACAAGAAGAUCAGGGAGAGAAAAGUGAAAGUUUUGAGAGAACUGAUGGGACAUCAAUCACUGGAAUCUCCUCUGCACACCACUCAGCUUUCCCCUCCAAUCCAUGCAGCCACCGGGAAUGUCAUGACCACAACACGAAGCCUACUGUCAUCCGAAUCUAUGGACAUCGACAUUGUCACAGACUGUGUAACAUCAACAAGUCAGGCUAAGCCAGACUCUAACAUCAGGAUAGAUCCUUAUCACCCGGAUAUCCAUUCUUCAAGACUCCUGGAUCAACAAACAGAAGCCUCAUCGCAAGCAGACACAGCUUCAAGACAGAGGAUACAGCUGGCUGGUGAUGCAGGGAAAGCACCUGAGUCACCUCCAUGUGAAGCUGGCAGCCCGUCAGGUGUGACAUACAUUGGCCCCUCAGACCCCGUCACCUGUCUGCAGGUGUUCAAGAACCACAUAUAUGUGUGUUACCAGGGAAAUGAUAUUCACAGAUAUCACCUCAAGGCAGGAGUGAAGGAUAUGGUGUACAACUGUAGCUAUCACUCUGUGCAGUGCAUGUCAGUGGUUGCUGUACCAGGAAAGGAGGACUGUAUCUAUGCUGGUGGGGUUUCAUUCCAGCUGCUGCUCUUCAAUGCCAAGACUCCACAUAUUGUCCAGACAUUUGAGUUGUCGGAGGAGAUCAAAUGUAUGCACUACGAUGCAGGGACACUGUAUGUGGGGCUGAUGUCAGGUUCUGUGGAGGUGUUUGAGGUCAAGAACCACCGCCAUAAAGACUCGUUCCAGUGUGCCUACCAGGCUAUACACUGUAUCUCCUCUGCGAGAGAAGGAGGCAGUAAACUCAUCUGUGUGUCUGCACAGGACACCACAAUCUCUGUUUGUGAUGCUCGAAGUGGGCUGCCCGUCAGAAUACUAGGGGGACACAAAAAAACCUCCUUCUCUGUUAUGUCAUCAGCCCACUUUGUAUUCAGCGGGUCUGGAGACAGGACAGUCAUGAUGCAUAACCUACAUACUGGCAAGCUGGAGUGGACAUUUAAAGAACAUGGUGGUAUUGUAACAAGCGUUUGGGUUGAAGGAAACACUCUUUAUUCAGCUGGUUUUGACAGACUGGUCAGGUGCUUUGAUAUUAAGAGCCAUACUUUGAAAAAGAUGUACUAUGGAGCUGGCAAGGGUGUGAUCAUGAGCAUUGAAGUACAUGGUGAUGAGCUGUACACUGGCAGCCGUGAGGGCCAUGUUGAGUGCAUUCAGAUGAAGUCAGAAAGCUGGCCCUGCAAGAUUGACAUGUGCCAGUAUGUGUUUGGUGUGAGGGAGCACCUGCUGCAUCAUCUACUCACUGACCAUGUUCUGCCCAACAACAAGCUGGCUCGCUGUAUGUGGAAGGACUGCACUGACUGGCUAACACAGCAGAGAGAUGAUAGGUCUCUUGAAUCUCACAUGAGAAAACAUUUGGACAGUCUCAGUGGGCUGACUGCUUGAAUGUGAUCUUCCAUAGUUCAUCUCCUGGGCUGAGUACACUGAAGAUGAGUUGAAGAUGAUUUAAAAUGCAUGUCGUUAUACUCAGGAACAAAAAGUACUGUCACCUUCCAACUGAAGUUUAGACAAGACAUUCCUCACUGGGAAAACUCAACAGAUAUCGUACAGAUUGGAGGUUUCAACUUGGAAUAUGGGUACAUUGUACCGUCUUAUUCAGUUACAGAAGCUUAAAUAUCAAGUACCUACUCCCAGUCAUUAGAAAUGUUUUAGAUGUUAUACAUAAUAUUAAUAUCCCCAAAUACAUCAUAUUUAGAACAAUUUUGUUUGUCCACUGCUGUGGGACAUUUCAGGACUUUCAAGUGUAUGUUAGACCACUGUAGUUGCAACCCUAUCUAAAAGCUCCUGUGAUAUCAAAUAUUGAAGUUCCCUUAUGAACUGCUUUGACCAAGAUAUCUCUUGUGAUUUGACAAACAUCUGUACAUUCAUUGUGUUCAUAUAGCUUAUCGGUGCAUGAUAUGUCUUAUAAUUGUUUGUGUAAUUCUUAUGAUAAACCCUUUAGAACUUCUUCUAAUGAACUUGCAAAUGAUAUGAAACUCAUUUUGAUAUUAUUGUCAGCGACCAGAAAGAUUUUGUAUGCUCAGAUUCUGUGAAUGUUCCAUUCACCUGAUGUGAAGUCAGCUUAUGCCAAGGCCUGCCUGUCCAGCAGGGUCUGUAAACUACCUACAAAUCUUGAUAUCUUCAAUAUGGUUGCCACAGCAGCUAUAUUGAAAACAAAUGUAUUGCCAAAAUGCAUACUUGUUACCAUAUAUUAACUGAUGCUUAGUUGACAGUACAUGACAGUGAGUGAAACUGCCAGAGU